GUGGCCCAAUCGAGAGUGAUUCUGAAACCAUUCGUUUUAGCAUUUUAGGGAUUAGUGACUCCCUUCGACUAAAUGGGCCCAAAUCCAGAUCUCAUCCGGACUGUUCCCCAUUUCUUCAAAUCCAGUUAAUUACUCAGUUUCAAUCCGAUUCAAAUCCCCAGUCUCUCUCUCUCUCUCUCUCGCUUACUACUUUCAGUCUCUCUCCUCUUUCUCUCUCAUCUUGGAGAUCAAAUAUUUUUACAAUUUUCCCUCCCUUCAACUCUUUCGGUGCUGCUUUGGUUUCUCAGGGAGGACCGUUGCUUCCAUUUUCGUUCUUCGAUCUAUAGUCGCUUUCUCUCUUCACUCUCUUUGUUUCUCUCUCUAGAACACAAUUUCAAAGUCAUGGACGGAGGUCAGCCCUACAAUCCUCGAACGGUUGAAGAGGUCUUUCGGGAUUUUAAGGGUCGAAGAGCUGGUAUGAUUAAAGCCCUCACCAUUGAUGUUGAAGAAUUUUAUCAGCAAUGCGACCCUGAGAAGGAAAAUCUCUGCCUUUAUGGAUUUCCAAGUGAGCAGUGGGAAGUCAAUUUACCUGCUGAAGAGGUGCCACCGGAGCUUCCAGAGCCUGCACUGGGUAUUAACUUUGCCAGAGAUGGCAUGCAAGAGAAGGACUGGCUGUCUUUGGUUGCCGUCCAUAGUGAUUCAUGGUUACUUGCUGUGGCCUUCUAUUUUGGUGCUAGAUUUGGAUUUGAUAAAGCUGAUAGGAAACGCCUCUUCAAUAUGAUAAAUGAUCUCCCAACAGUAUUCGAAGUUGUGGCAGGGACAGCCAAGAAGCAAGCAAAGACAUCAGUUCCAAAUCACAGCGAAAAUAAAUCUAAAUCUAACUCCAAGCAGCGAGGCUCUGAAUCUCAGGGAAAGUAUUCGAAAGUGUUGCAACCAAAAGACGAUGAUGAAGAUUUGGAAGAGGAAGAUGAUGAGCAUGGGGAGACACUUUGUGGGGCAUGUGGAGAGAACUAUGCAUCUGACGAGUUCUGGAUCUGCUGUGACAUAUGUGAGAAGUGGUUCCAUGGCAAGUGUGUUAAGAUCACCCCAGCAAGGGCUGAGCAUAUUAAGCAGUACAAAUGUCCUUCAUGCAGCAACAAGAGAGCACGCCCAUGAUAGUAGCUGGGAAGGUGUGGAUUCCUACUACUAUUCUCUCGGGGCGGAUUCUAUUAAUUGUCCAACUAGUCAGGUUCCCAGUCUUAGCAGCUAAGAUUAUGUUCCCUUGAGCUUUGAAAAUAUUUGAUAUUACGUCUAGAUAGCAAACACGUUUUUUUAUGUAGAUCGCAGACAUGCAUUUUGUUACCUUGGGUUGCUGUCAUGCUGUUUAUUAAUUUUAAAUAGAAUAUAUAUGCUCUAACCAUUUUCCC